AUGACGAGAGAGCAACGAGGAAGCGGCUGGCGCGUCUGUGCGGCCUGGAGGCUGCUGGUCGGGGCGGCCGUCGCCGCGUGGCUCGUCGCUGCAGUGCUGGCCAGCCCGGCCGCAGCAGCCGGCGACGAGCUCAACGUCUUUAUUCUGGCCCACUCGCACUGUGACCCUGGGUGGCUCAACACGUUCGAGGGCUACUUUCAACGCGACGUCAACGCCAUUCUCUCCAACGUGGUGACGGCGCUGCAGCAAGACGCGCGGCGGCGGUUCAUCUGGGCAGAAAUCUCGUUCUUCUCGCGGUGGUACUCGCGGCAGUCGGAGGAGACGCGGCAGACGGUGGAGGAUCUGGUGGCGUCGGGCCAGCUGGAGUUUGUCGAGGGCGGUUGGGUGCAGGCGGACGAGGCGGACACCAACUAUGUGUCGAUCAUGAACCACAUCGCCGAGGGCCACGCAUACCUCAAGGCACACUUUGGAGUCCGGCCGCGGUUUGCGUACCAGAUCGAUCCGUUCGGCCACUCGUCAGCGACGCCGAGCCUGUUUGCGAGGAUGGGCUUUGAGGGCCUGGUCAUCAACCGCAUCCACCACGCGCUCAAGUCGUCGUUCAAACGCAGCAAGCACAUGGAGUUUGUAUGGCGGGGUGCGCCCGAGACGCUCGGGCCCGAGUCGGAUCUCCUCACGCACGUUCUCCACACCCACUACUCGGCCCCCAAGGGCUUUGACUUUGAGGAGCACUCGAUGCCGAUCUCGCCGUCUAAUGUGGCCUCACGGGCAACCGUGCUUGUGCGCGAACUGCGGUCUCGAAGCGCAGCGUACGCUACGUCAAACCUGCUUGUUCCUUUUGGCGACGACUUUAAGUUUAAGCGGGCCCAGUACCAGUUCACCAACAUGGAGCAGCUCAUCGAGCACAUCAACGCCAACGAGGAAGGCGUCAACAUCCGGUUUGCCACGCUCUCCGACUACUUUGAUGCCAUGAUUGCUGAGGCCGCGUCUGCCCAAGACGUGACGCUCCCACUGUACGAGGCCGACUUUUUCCCCUACGCCGACAAUGAGGACUCGUACUGGACCGGGUACUACACGACGCGGCCGGUGCUGAAGCAGCUGGCGCGGGCGACCGAAGCCCACCUCCGCGGGGCUGAGAUUUUGUACACGCUCGCACGGACGCGGACCGGGCACCUGCGAAGCGCGCCAACGUUCUGGAGCAAGGGCAUGGCGGCCCUUGUGGACGCGCGGCGACAAACCGCACUCGUCCAGCACCACGACGGCAUUACCGGAACAGCCAAGCAGCAUGUUGUGGCCGACUACUCGACGCGGCUGCUGGCGGCGCACAAGGGACUGACCGAGCUUCAGGCUGCGCUGCUGCCGCUGCUGCUCGCGUCGCAAGAUUCCCUUGCGGCAGCGGCUGAGGUUGGCGAGUUAGCUGCGGCCGCCGGCUUGCGCGACGCCGUGGCGUCAGAUCGGGUGCUGGACGUGGAAGCUCUUGACGGCAACGCCGGAUAUGUAGUGGUUGUGUCGUCGUCUCUGGCAUGGCCGACCUCUCGGUUGGUCAAGGUCAUGGUGACGAGCUCCAAGGUUCGCGUGACUGAUGCGAGCGGCGAGGCGUUGACGAUCCAAGUUGUGCCUCAUUGGGACGACGCGCACUACGCACCGUCGCCGCACGCCGGAGUGGGCGGAACGCGGCCGGCGACUGGCGCCGGCGCUUCAGAGGUGUUUGAGACCGAGCCGGCGCCGGCACGGUACGCGUUGCACUUUGAAGCCGAGCUCGGCCCGCUGGAGAGUCGUACGUUCAAGGUUCAUCGCGAUGUCAGAUCUGCGCUGGCAGCAACGACGGUUGAUGUCUACUCGGGUGCGCUGCAGGGCAAGGCAGAUGCCGAGGAGGGCGUUGACGGCAUUGUGUAUCACUCGGCUAUUCCUGGGCAGCUGACGCUGACUGGGACGAGGACAAGCGUGGUUCUGGAGGACGGGCUUGUGGCAUCAAUUGCGCACGACGGCGAGGAGGCAAUGGAGGCCCGGCAAGCGUUUGUGCAGUACGCAUCGACCCGAUCCGGUGCGUACAUUUUCCGUGCACAGUCGGAAGGGGUCAAGAUGAGCGUGGCGAGCGAGGCGCACGCGGUGCGGCUUGUCCGCGGCCCGCUGUUUGAGAGCGCCAAGGUGGUGCGCGGUGCGAUUGCCUUUGAGGUGAGCGUGCGGGCGUCUGUGGGCGCUGGCGAGCGGCUCGAGGGCCUCAUGGUUGAGCUGGACGUCUCAGUGGUAGCCGCGCCAGACAACGAGGUUUCGCUCCGGUUCGAGACGGCGGUGGCGUCAGGAGAGACCUUCUACUCCGACUCUGGCCUGCAGGUGAUGAAGCGAGUGCGGGUGGCAAGCAAGCCGAUCCACACCAACGUGUACCCGUGCCUGGCGACGGCGCUGGUGCGCGACGAGAAGCGCGCGUUUGCGGUGCUCUCGACCCAGCCGCGUGGGGUGACCUCGCUGGCGUCUGGCGAGAUCGAGGUCUUUCUACAUCGCCAGCUCAUGCAAGAUGAUGGGCGUGGACUCGCUGAACCGCCGCGCGACGCAGCGCGGUACGCCAGCGUCAUGUGGCUGUAUGCCGGCUCUGCUGACGGUGUGGAAGCACGGCGGCGGCAGGCUGCGCACAUGCUCGAGCACCCGCCGCUUGUCUUUGCCUCGACCCGCGGGUUUGGCGACGGCGAGUGGGAGGCAGUCUUCACGCUCGCUGCGCAAGGGAUGGCGGCGCCGCUGGAGACGCCGGCGCAUCUGCUCACGCUCAAGAGCAUGACAGCGACGGCUGACGACGUCCUGAUCCAGGUCUCGUCACUCGCCGAAGACAAUCGCCAGACACCGAUUCCGCCGCUCGACAAGUUGCUGGCGCUGGAUGGGCAACCGGUCAAGGUAAGCGCGCUCCGCCCUGCGCUUCUUGCAGGGGACGAGGACCGCGGCACAAGGCGGGCUAUUGGUUCGCUCCUUCAUCUGGAGCGCGACGACUUUGACGUGCAGGCCAAGCUUGCCGCUGGCGGCGACGGGCCGGGCGCGUCGCAGAACACCGACGAGGCUGGCGUCUUUAUUUCUCAGGCUGCGCUCGACGACCUCGCCAAGGCCGGAGCGCAGAGACGCCUGUUGGAGGUCGGAGCGAGCGAGCCCGAGCUCAAGCUCGGUCCACUUGCCAUCAAGUCAUUUCUGGUGCACCUGGAGCCUAGCGAGGCUGUGGUGGCAGGCCGGCAACAGCAAGGCGACAGGUGAACGGGUGCGGGUUGGAUCCAAGGUUGGAGCCAACUUUGACACGCACCGGCAGCACACGCCGCAUCUGGUC